CUUUUCAGGUGUUGACACUGUGGCAGCCGAUGCCUGAAACGGUGAAAUGCGUCAGCGAUUUUUAACUACAUUUGACGUGCAAGUUAAUUACUGUUUUGUUUUUGUGUUUUCUCCUAUUUUUUUAUUUUACUAGUAAGCUCUUGCAAGGUUUGUCGCUCUUUAUCAUGUAGUAAUUUCCGGUGGUUUUGAAUUGCUGUCACUGAGUCUCCCGGCAUGUUAGGAUCGUUCCUUUUUUCGAAUUUAUUUACAGUGUAUGACGUAAAAAAGCCCGACGAUGGAGGUGGCUGUCUCGGUGGCCCUGUUGAUACUGGCGAAUCUGUGGCUGAUGGUGAUCCCGCAGACGAAGAAAGACGACAAACACCCCCGACCGGCAAACGCCUCUUACUCGGGCUGCCGCUUGACGAUCGGGAAGCUGACAGGGGCCAAUUCUGAGUCCAACGACGGGAUCCAGAUGGGCGAGUGCUGGGCCAACACUCGCGUCCACAACCAGAAGUGCGCAUUUUUCGUCCCUUUCGAGCCCGGCCAUGAGCACUAUGACAGCGAAGGGGGCCCCUAUGGCUCCUGCCUAGCCCUCGACCAAUACCCUCAGGCAUCCGACAUGUCAGAGACGACAAACCUGGCAAACUGGUGUUUCUUUUGGGAAACGAAAGUCGAUCCGAGUAGCAACGCCAGUGCUGCGCCACUGCCCUCGGCUCCGGGUGAGAAGGGGCUUCCGAUGCCGAUCGUCUGUCCGAGCAACCUGAAAGACUGCUACUCCGCCGACUGGUUCGAGCCGGGCGGGAAGCUCGGCGCUUACGGGGAUCUGUACCCGACCUACGGAGGGAUCUGGUUCCCGCUCAAAGAUCCCAGCACCAGGAAACCCCUCUUCUGCCAAGGUCUCGGUUUAGGCUGCGACACACCCAACAUGCGCGGCUUGCAGCUCCAGCAUCUCAUCAACGGCACCUGCGACGUGGAACACAAGUGCCACCCGCCGAAUGGGACCAAUCCGAAGCCUUAGCUCCACAUUGGGCUCAAUGGACCACUAUACCAGGUU